AUGCAAGAAAGAACGACCCAGUUUCAAUUUUCCAUCGAGAACGCUCGCACCAUGGACCCCGACGAGGACAAGGACGUCAGCAAGCGCAAGGGCAAGGGCAAGAAGGAAGGCCCGAAGAAGAAUACGAACGAACUGACGUACCGGCGCUUUCUUUGGCUGAAGGAGUCGACAUGCGCUGUUGUCAAGAACGGCAACCGACUCCAGUGGGGCGACGAGCUGGCGUUCACUCUCGUCAUUCGCGACAAAGGGCUUGUCAUUACGGACGUCGACGGUCCGCAAGCGAAUGAAUUGGGGCUACGCUCCGGCGACGUGCUCGAGUUCAUUACCAUGGCCGAGAAGGCUCUCUCCAUCGCCAUCGCCACGCCCGGCAACGAGAUCAGCGAAGUCGCAAAAGGUCGGAGGUCAACCUGCAAGGGAAAAGCAGCCGUCGUCGCCACGGGACGGUACUGCAAAAGCGAAGCCCGCCUCAAGGUUGGCGAUCUCCUACGCAAGUACAAGAUGCGCAAGCGAGGUGCACACACCUGGUUCGACAAGGUCAUCACGAAGAAGAUUUUUCAUCUGUGGUAUCGUGAAGAGGACGACGAAAGCAACACCAAGACUACCAAGGCUCCCGAUUACUUCUGCAGAGCCGUGCACCACGACGAAUUUCCUGACCUCUACGCGGCUUGGCUGAAGUCGCCCGAGUGCAAGUGGAUGGGUCCGUUGGGGAACAUCCACUUGCACUCGGGCGACUUCAGCCGAGCCGCGUAG